AUGGCGACGACGACAGCGCCGAGCCCUCAGCGGCCGAGCCUCUCGCUGCGGCUCAAGUCGGCCAUGAUCAUGGGCAUGACGGGCGUCCUCUCGCGCUGUUUCCUGUACGGCUUCAAUAAGGUCGAAGUUACCGGCCUCCAGCGCUUUCUGGACCUGUUAGACAGCCGUAAAGACCCUGCAAAGAGAACGCGGGGGCUGCUGACUGUCUCCAACCACAUCAGUGUGCUCGACGACCCCGUGAUCUGGGGCCUGCUGCCCCUCAGCUACGCCUUCGACCCAUCCAACCUUCGCUGGACCCUCGGCGCCGCCGAUAUCUGCUUCAAGAACAAAUUCUUGUCCUCCUUUUUCACCCACGGCCAGGUCCUGCCGUGUCACCGGCUUAAGCACUCCCCCUUCGGCGGGCCCUUCCAGCCGGCCCUGACGCAAGCCAUCCGCCUCCUCUCCGCUCCUCCACCCUUCACCAGCAGCAGCAGCAGCAGCAGCAGCAUCACCACCACCUCCUCCUCCACUUCCUCCUCAUCCUCCUCGUCCUCCUUCCUCCCUUCCUCUCCCUCACCACCCCACCCCUGGACGACCCCGGCGUACUACACGACAACGGGCCAGGACGCGCACCCGGCCCCGACCGCCUUCCCGCAGCACCGGCGCCUCAGCUGGGUGCACGUGUUCCCCGAGGGGUGCGUGCACCAGCACGCGGCGACGGACCUGCGCUACUUCAAGUGGGGGCUGGCGCGGCUGGUGCUCGAGGCGGACCCGCCGCCGGCGGUGCUGCCCAUGUUCGUCGACGGCACGCAGCGCGUCAUGCCCGAGGACCGCGCGUUCCCGCGCUUCCUGCCGCGCGCCGGCCAGACGGUGCGCGUCGCCUUCGGCGACGUGCUCGACUACGACGCCGUCUUCGGCGACCUGCGCAGGCGCUGGGACGGCCUGGUCAGCAGGGAGAUGGCGAGGCUGAGGAAGGAGGGGCGGCAGGAGGGCGUGGUCGUGCAGCUCGGGGAGCUGCCGACGGAGGAGCUCAAGUAUGGCCGGGAGGCGCAGGAGAUCAGGAUCGAGGUCGCGCGGCGGAUGCGCGAGGAGAUCCUCAAGGUCCGCAGAUCGCUGGGCCGGUAUCCUGAACCAGAUCCGACGUUUGGUCUGGCCGAGACGUGGCGGCUGGACGAUGACAUCGAGGCGAAGAAGUACAAGAGCCGGGUGGACGGGAGCAACAUUAAUCAGGACUAAAGAAGGCACGGUGCCGGUUUGCUUGGGGUGGGAGUAUUGGGUCGUGAUGUAAAUACCCGGGUCAGAAACGCAUGAAAACGUGCGGGUAGAUAGACCUUUUUUGUUCAAGUCUGAGUUGCAUAGACGGGACAAUAAUUAGCAAAGCAAGAUAGAUGGCGCUC